UGCUUUGUUGGGACCAUAGACUGCACGGGACCAUCGAUGCUACGACUUUCAGCGAGUCAACUGCGAAUUGCAAGAGAUUAGGAAUAAUAUUCACAGUCUUUUCUGGUUAUUAGACAUUAUUAGCUCGUUUUAACUUGAUAACCAGCGCUCGCUUAGCCGUGUGUGCGCUUCAGACGACAGAAGUGAGGAUCUCCUGUAUAUAAACAAAACGCAGCGAGUCCCUUCUUUUUAAGGUGGCACGUCAGAGACAGCUGCAACAACACAACAAGACUCGUCCUCGAUACCUCGUUUGUUAAGUUAGCUAACUUCGUGUUGGCCGCGCUGUCAACGAUGGAAACCACCAUACAGCUUUGUUAGGAGUUAAACUCCAGGACGUGUGCGUGCGAACAUGAGAGGAGAGGACAGUUUGUUGUCAGGAAGGCAGCUCAUGGCAAGUGAAAGAGGGGGUGAACAUCCCUGCUGCUGCUGCCCCUGUUUGACAGAGGAGAAAGGAGCUACCAAGAAGAGUGACCUGAGGCCUCCUGGUCAUUUGUAGUAGAACAGCAGACUUUGGCACGAUAUGGAGACGGUGGGGAAAUUUGAGUUCAGUCGGAAGGACCUGAUAGGACAUGGCGCAUUUGCUGUCGUCUUCAAAGGCAGACACCGAGAGAAACAUGACUGGGAGGUGGCAGUAAAAUGCAUAAACAAGAAGAACCUUGCCAAAUCCCAGACACUGCUGGGGAAAGAGAUCAAAAUACUCAAGGAGCUGAAACAUGAGAACAUAGUUGCAUUACUGGACUUUCAGGAAACUGCCAGCUCAGUGUACCUGGUAAUGGAGUACUGCAAUGGAGGCGACCUUGCUGACUACUUACACUCCAAAGGCACGCUGAGUGAGGACACUAUCCGGGUUUUCCUGCAGCAGAUUGCAGGAGCCAUGAGGGUCCUACAGGGCAAAGGCAUAAUCCACAGGGACCUCAAGCCCCAGAACAUCCUGCUCUCCUACCCACCAGGACGCAAGUCACACUCCAACAACACCUGCAUUAAGAUUGCGGACUUUGGCUUUGCCAGGUACCUUCAGAACAACAUGAUGGCGGCAACACUCUGUGGGUCCCCUAUGUACAUGGCUCCUGAGGUUAUUAUGUCCCAGAACUAUGAUGCAAAGGCUGACUUGUGGAGUAUAGGAACCAUCGUGUUUCAGUGUCUGACUGGGAAGGCUCCUUUUCAGGCUAGCAGUCCCCAGGACCUCCGGCUGUUCUAUGAAAAAAACAAGACUCUCAGCCCCAACAUCCCCAGAGAGACUUCAAGCCAUCUGAGGCACCUGCUGCUCGGUCUGCUGCAGCGCAACCACAAAGACCGCAUGGACUUUGAUGAGUUUUUUUGUCAUCCAUUCCUGGAGGCGAGCUCAUCCAUGAAAAAGACAACUCCUACUGUGUCCAUGACCUGCUUCCCAAGCUCUGCAUCAGCCAGCUCUUGUAGCAGCUCCUCCACCUCUCACCUCGCCUCACCACCGCAGUCUCUUGCUGAGGUUCAGCAUUUGCGUGCCAAAGCUCUGGCCUCCCCUACCCAGGAGGCCGCUGGUUUUCUCCUCAAGGAUUCGUCUGUAGGUGGUGGCAGUAGCAAGAACUCCUCCUCCUGUGACACAGAUGACUUUGUCAUGGUGCCUGCUCACUUCACCACAGGUGAGCUGACAUGUGAGAGCAAAGUGCUGCCGGACAGCCUGAUGAAUAGCGGCUCUCUUCUGGCUUCUGCUGGUCUGUGUAGCCAAGUCAAAACUCCACCACACUCACCUUCCUGCAGUGGGUCUCCAAGUCCUGUCAGGCCCAGUGAGUUCUUGGGAAGUAAUUACAGUGGUAGCUAUGGAAACCAUGGUCAGUCAUUGCCCAUCCCAGUCCCAACCCAGAUCCACAACUACCAGCGCAUGGAGCAGAACCUCCAUUGUAUCAAACAGGAUGGCUCGCCACGGCUGUCAACACCAGUGCGUCGCUGCAGCAGUGGAAGCUCUGUGGGAUUUGCUCGGACCGGACCCUCGCCACCAUACGGGCAAGGCACAGUUACCACCAAUCGCAGGCUUUCCCUGGGAGGCGCCAGACCUUUCCAUCUCUCCCCUCAAGCUCCUCAGCACAUUGAACCCCGGCUGACUUCUCAGCAACACGCGCAGACGACAGGGCUGGGCACACGGCUCCACAGCGCCCCCUGUUUGUUGGAGUGUGCCAGUGGAGGUGGCCGACAAAAGAUCAGGAAGCAGCACUCAGACCCGGUGGUGGCCCCCUCUGCAGGCCUGAUGACUGUCCGCCCUCUACACUCUUCACCCAGACUCAGUGAGCUUAUGCAGCGUAACCCCCUCCCCACCAUCCUCGGCUCUCCCUCCAGGACCAUCCCUCCAUUUGAAUUCCCCAAACCUCCCAGCUCUCCGAACCUCAUGACCUUCCUGACACAACAGGGUUUGGUCAUCGGCUCCCCUUGCAGCAGGACUGCCCCAGCAGAGGCCAGAGACGCAGGACAACAAGCGCUUACACAGGUCACCCCACCUGCUCACUGCGUCCACAGAUUCAGUGAUGAUACCAAGGGCUUUGGAAGGUCUCAGAGUGCCGGUCGUCUGUCUGACAUGCUGCUGAUGGCUGCUUUUGGACCAGGUGGACCUGCAGGCGACCGAGGCAGCACAGAGAACCUGACCCCUGAAAAAGCCAUAGACAUUACAGUGCCCCCUGGUAGUGGGGGAGGCCUUGCACCUGGCUCCAUCAGCCCUGCACAGGUGGUCUUCACUGUGGGCUCCCCUCCCAGUGGCAGCACCCCCCCUCAAAACUCCAGACAGAGGAAAUACUCAGGCUCGUUCACUUCAGUCAGCCCUGCAGGCUCCUACACAAGCCGCUACCCUCAGACAGGCACCUAUCUGGAUGGCUUUGAGGCUCCUUCCAGUCCUCGCUACAGUUUCACUGAUCCUAUCACAGUCAACAUGGGCGGUCCUGUAACCUUUGAGCCUCCUGAGCUGCCUGAGGAAACGCUGAUGGAGCAGGAGCAUACAGACACGGUGCAAAGCCUGCGUUUCACAUUGGAUUUCGCCCGCUGUCUGAUGGAGGUGGCUGGAGCCCGUGGUGUCACUGCUUUAGGGGAGCAGGGGAACAUGUCUCACCCCUGCCUCCUUCAGCAGCAGAGCCUGGUAGCUGAUCAGAUAAGCUCGCUGAGCAGAGAGUGGAGUCAUGCAGAGCAGCUGGUUCUCUACCUGAAGACUGCAGAACUCCUUUCCACUGCCUUACACACAGCCAUGGAGCGAGUCAAACAGGGCAAACUUUACCCAUCCUCUACAGUCAAACAAAUAGUGAGAAGGCUAAAUGAGCUGUACAAGUCCAGCGUGGCAUCCUGUCGCUCACUCAGCACCCGUCUGGAGCACUUCUUCUCCAGGAAGCACCGUCUAAUGGACCAAAUCACCUCCAUUACAGCUGAGCGGCUGCUGUUCAGCCACACAGUGCAGAUGGUUCAGACUGCUGCGCUGGAUGAAAUGUUCCACCAGGGGGAAGCGUCAGUCCUGCGUUACCACAAAGCUCUCCUGCUGAUGGAGGGCCUGUCUCUGCUGCUCACUGAACAGGACGACAUCCUCAGUGUUAGCAAAUGUAAGGAGUGCAUUGAACGACGCCUAACAGCUUUGCAGUCAGGACUCUGUGUUUGACAGUCUGAUACUGCAUCUCAGCUUGUGGAUAUGAUGUCAGUCAUUUGCACCCUGCACAUUAUCAACAAACCAAAUCUCCACCCACAUCUCAUGGUUUUCACUUAGAAAUGCUUUUGUUUUCACAAGAAAACCACAAGGCUUCAGUUUUCUCACAAGCUUCAGGGCUUGUGUUUUCUUACUGGCUUCAAGUUCUGGACAGGUUGAGUGGCGUCCCCGACACUGAACUUGUAACAGUGUUGGACAUGAAGCACUUGUGCCGUGAAAGAAUGACUGCACUCACAUCUGUGGGAGAUGACUUUGCUCCUGGCUCUGAAAAUGAUAUUUUUUUGCCAAGAAGAAGAUUCCCCUCACUAAGCGUUACAACUGCAGGAGCAAUUAUUGCCAAGUAGUCACAUACUGCACAUACAGUUAGCCUAGCUACUCUGUUAAUCAUAAAUAGAUACCAUUUAAAGGUGGACAAAUAUCUCUGCUACCAAUUUGCAAUAGGUUUACUUUAUAAAUAAAAUGUUAGCUUUUACUAAGAUGAGUAGCUAGAGGGAAAGUACACUAUCUGCUGAAGAGCGGGAACGGCCAAUUAUCAUUUUCAUCACAUGUAUGUUUGUCUUAAUGUGUUUAAAUGCUUUCCUGGGUUAAUUUUCUCUGGUAUCUUAUUGUUUCUUGCUUGCUGAAGGGAAGUAUAAAAAGCAAUGCUACAGUUGGUGGCUGGAAGCGCAUGCAAUCACUAUUGCAAAACUAUUGCCAACAUUCAAAUCUAGUUUUGUUUUUGUUUUCUUUUAAACUCACUGUGCUGGUUUUGGGGGAAAAAAAAUUCCCGGGUUUGACAAUUUACAGAUUCUAUACAUUGCUAAAUGUUAAAGACCAAGUUUCAUCACAGAAACAAUGACGUAAUAGUGAUUUUUAAAUUUCUUUUUAAUGGUGGCAGGUAUUAAAGCAACAUGAAGAAAAUGGGUCUGGAAAACACCCAUUACCCCUUUGCUACAUGCAAAAUAUAGCUUUCAAUUCAACAGGGACUGAAACUGGUCUGUUGACAUCCCUGAUUGCAAUCACGUUAAAGAUGCUGCAAUAGCCUGGGAUGUAUUCUUCAGGUACACAGAAGCUUGGGUACUGCUGUCACUGACAAUUUCUUGACACAGUUCCAUAUUCCUUCUGAUUUUAUGUUACCAAUCAGUUAUGUUGGAAUUCAGCAAGUAUAAUCAAAUUUGAAUGUAGAGCUGACAGGAGAGUAAUACAGUCAAUAUUAGCCAAAUGUUACUAAAAUUUGUCCCGGAGUUAACGUCUGAAUGUUUUUGCACUGUUUAAGUACUGUAUAGAACGAUCUGGAGUGAGACAUGCUUUAAGUGUCUGUAGAUACCUAGAAAGAUUUAGCUUAUUUAGAGAUUUCUAUUCCAUAUUUUAUUGCAGUUUUAGUUGUAUUAUAGUUGUGUUUGAUGUGAGAAUGCUGACAGAGAGAUGGUAUAAGCUAUGAAACUGUAGGAAGAUUUCUUUAAGAAGAAAAAUUGCUUUAUGCUGAAAAAAGAUUGCAUUGAUUGUGUUGUGUUCUGUUUCAGAGUAGUCUGUAGGUGGCGAUUGUGUUUGAUUUUGAAACUGUUGAUUUGGAAUGCUUGUUGAAAAUAUGGAUUUUACCUGAAACAUUUGUGUAUUGUUGACCACGGCCACACACCCCAACAGGACACCUUUGCGCCCCUAAAUUGUGGGCCUAAUGGGUAGGGUCAACUUUGGUUGCCGUUAAAGAGAAGUUUGUGUGCAUGCAUGCAUGUGUGAAUGCUGUUUGAUGUAUUAACGGGCAGUGGGACAGAACUAAUAAUAUUGCUCUGUAACAAGAUGUGAUGGGUUUGAUUUUUAUUUAAAUGUGUGGAUGUAGUUCAGCAAAAUCCCCUGAAAAUUGAGGGCUCUUCUGGUGUCACCCUCAACCAGGCCCAGUGUAACUUAGUUUUCACUGAGGUGUUUUUUCCUCUGCUUUUUUAAGUUAAUUAAGAUGGCAACUUAGUGCAUAUUUUAGAUUGUGUGGUUAGGGCUGAAGAUAGUUUACGCUGACAUUUUGUGCAGCCAGUAGCAGUCAGCAGAACAGAACAGAGGAAAGGUUUUUCCCAGUGAAGAUUUCUCUAAAUAUACAAGAUGUGUAUUCGCUUUGUGGCCUUUUGUCUUUUGUGGGAUAACUUUUUCGUAAACUUUCGUAGGUUGUAGUCUGCCGAGAGCAUUCUGCGUUUGUAUAUUGUUUGGGUGUACAUUCCUAAUAUCAUACACAGCUUCUCUGUUCUGUUCAGUCAUUUCGUAUCGGCAAUGUCUCAAAAGAUACUGGUAGCAGAAAGUGAUGACAUCUGACCUUUAUAAAACUGAUGCAUGUGUCACUUUUUUUUGUUCCCUACUAUCAUUGAUAUUGGCCAUUUAAAUUAUUCUUAUCUGGGGUAGAGGUUGAAAGAUAAAAGUAAUUUGUGAAGCAGUUGCACUACUUAAAGAUUAGAGUGGUUGGUGUAGAAAGUGCUGAACUGUCCUUAAGUACUGACCCCUGACCAGCUCCAGGGCUUCUGAUUUAAGUCUCACAUAAAGAUAAAUGAAGUGUAAUGUUUGCACUCCCAUAACAGAUUGGUCAUUGAUUUGGAUUAUUCUUUUUGUAUGUUUGUGAAGAACAUACCUGAAUGUUUUCAUUUUGUGUUUUCACUUUACAACUUCUGUAUUACGUGUAAAUAUUGUAAAUUAAGUUAUUGUUGUUGUUGUAUAUAUGACGCUGCAGGCACAGAGAGAACAGUACCACACCACCUAUACAUUUCCAAAGAACAGGCCUUCUGCUGAUCUUCCAUAUUGUCUCUCACUGUUGCAAACACAUUUUAAUGUUGUCAUAUCUAUGACUGACACACUAUCUCAGUGUCCCUGUGUGUGAUGUAACCUUUACUGUUUGAGAGUUGCAACAUGAAUAAAGUGAAAGGAAAGGUGA